AUGCUUCCAAUCAAUUGGGAUUAUAACGAAGAAGGUAAAUGUGGCCCAAGAUAUUGGCCAAAUGCUAAUGGUCGUUAUCAGUCACCAAUAAAUUUGGAUUUAUGUUUGAUGAAAUAUAGUACUGUGGAGCCACUUAAGUUUCAGAAUUAUGAUAUGAAAUUAAAGGGUGAAAUUGUAAAUAAUGGACAUUCUGUACAAGUGAAUCCACACUUUGAAAGUAAAGUGCCAAAAAUUGGAGGUGGUGGUCUCGAUCAGAUUUAUCGUUUGGUACAAUACCAUUUCCAUUGGGGACUUCACGAUAAUGAAGGUUCCGAGCACACUUUAGCUGGUCUGCAUUAUCCGAUUGAGUUACAUCUUGUCCACGAAGGUAUCACAAAUCCCAACAAACUAGCCGUUAUUGGUGUCUUCUUUGUGCUUGGUUUUGAUGAUAAGGCUUUGUUUCAAGAAUGCACCGUUCUUAAUAAAAUAAUCGAUCCAGCACAAGGUCAGCCAAUAGAAGAAAUUCUUUUGGAUGAUAAGUUGCCAAAAAAUAGGAAAUCAUUUUGGCGAUAUACGGGAUCUUUGACCACACCACCAUGCUCUGAGAUUGUUACAUGGACAAUUUUCACUGAACCUAUUGCUAUCACCAAAUUGCAGCUUGCGCUCUUCCGAAGUUUGCGUGACAAAACAGGAAAAAUAAUGGAAAAGAAUUACCGUCCGAUACAGAAACUCUGUGGUCGCGAGUUACAACUUAUGGCCACUGUUUGA